UCGUCCACAUCUCAGUGCGUGAGCAGACCGGACUGGCAGCCGCCGCGGCGGCCGGAAGUAAGGUUACCGGACCAGGUCGAGGCGACGAGAGCUCGCUCCAGGCAAGCGGCGGAGAAGCGAGCGGCGGAGAGGCGCCGGCGGGCGUGAACCUGACGAGGGCUCGCAUUGGAGGAGCGGCGGGCGGAGUUGAGGAGGCGGCGGCGGCGGCGGCGAGGAGGAACAAUUUAUUUUCGCCCACGACUCGGGCCAGGUCUUUUCAUCGCCAUCGCCGUAUGGAACGGACCUCAACUUACGAUUCCCUGCUCGGGACCUGGAGUAUUAUGGCGUCUGAUGGAGAAACUCCGACAGGCGCGGUCUUGGAUCGGUUCUUGUUACAUGCAUCUAGGUUGUAUGGAAGCGUGGAGAGCGUUCUCUGUGCUGGGGCAGCCAUUGGUUUAUGCUGGGCAGCGUGGCGGUACUACGAGCGCACCGUGUGCCUGCGCAGCUACGGUCGUGACAUGACCGCCUGCAGCAAACAGGCAGUCAGCCCGGUGGUCGGCCGCGACAGCGAGAUAGACCGUGUCAUCUCCAUCCUCUGCCGCAAGACCAAGAACUGUGCCGCGCUGGUCGGUGCUGCAGGAGUAGGCAAGACAGCCAUCGCCGAGGGCCUUGCACAGCGCAUCGCUGCCGGGAAGGUCCCUGCAGCACUUGCCGGGGCUCGCGUUGUGGAUGUUGAUCUCGGGGCGAUGGUGGCCGGGACCAUGUUCCGUGGCAUGUUCGAGGAACGCUUGAAAGGCGUGAUAAAGAAGGCGGAGGAUUCAGGUGGCAAGAUAGUUCUAUUCAUCGACGAGAUGCACACGCUUCUCGGCGCCGGUGCAGUGAGGGGGGGAUGCCAGGAUGCUGCCAAUAUGCUGAAGCCGGCGUUGGCCCGUGGUCGCAUCCGCUGUGUGGGUGCGACGACUUUUGAUGAUUACCGUAAGUACAUUGAGAAGGAUGCCGCACUCGAGCGGCGGUUCCAGAAGGUGCACGUUGAGGAGCCUAGCGCGCAGGCCACCAUUGCCAUGCUGCGGGCGCUAAAGCAGCAGUAUGAACAGCACCAUGGCUUAGAAAUCCAAGAUGCCGCUCUUGUUGCUGCCGUACAGCUCGCUGGCCGCUACAUCACCGGUCGUCAAUUUCCUGAUAAGGCAAUUGACCUGAUUGAUGAGGCUUGUGCCACAGCAACCAAAACAAUGAUGCGAGUUGGCGACCAAAAAGAGAAUGUUAACACUGUGCAGUGUAGCUCUAAAAAUGCAGUGAAGGAG